AUGUCAACUUUAGAGAAACUUGGUAUCUUUGUAUAUGUGCUUAGUAAGAGUGCUUCUAAUAGAGAUACUCAAGAACGUUUUCAACAUUCCGGUGAAACUGUGAGUAAAAUUUUUAAAGAAGUGUUGAAUGCCAUGGAUGGUUUGUCAAGAGACAUACUUGUGCCAAAAGAUCCCGAGUUUAAGGAUGUUCCAUCACACUUUGCUAAUGACCCUAGAUAUAUGCCACAUUUUAAGGAUUGCAUUGGAGCUAUUGAUGGUACACAUAUUGCAAUAACCAUAAAAGAGGAAGAUCAAAUGCGAUAUAGAGGAAGGAAAGGGAUACCAACUACAAAUGUUUUAGCAGCAUGUGACUUUGAUUUAUUAUUCACGAAAAGCACAAUUGGCGAUCAAGGUUUUAGAAUCAUUGAUCAAGAUCCAGAGUUUAUACCUCCUGAUGUUUUUCAAAAUGUUGAAGCUGAUUUUACACCAAGUCGAGAUGAUAUGAGAACCCGAGAGAUGACAACUAUUCGCGAUAGCAUUGCCUCUAAUCUAGUAGUAGCUAGACGUCGUUUAUAG